AGCCCGGAGUGUCCGAAUUGCAAUUGUGAUGUCGACGAGAUAGCAGGCAGCGAGCGACCAAAUCCCAUCCCAUCUACCGGGGGAACACGAGCUUUGGAGUCGAAACGUGCGCGUCUUGGUGUGUAUGUGUGUAUAAGUGUGCAUUUGUUGCAUUCCCCGUAUGUGAGUCCAACCCGUCCGUACGUGCAUCGUGUGCCCGAACGCAUUAGUUUUGUGCAAGUGAGUGACCUUUGACCCGUCUGCAAAGGGAACUACGAAAAAGGGUGCAAACACAGCAAACAAAAAAACAACCAUACUCGCAACAAAAAAGAAACGACGUCCGGUGACCACAGCUUCCUUUCGCUAAUACCGUCCCCUUCGUCGCCGUCGUUCCGUUCCAAGAUCGCCCCGCAAGAUCGCCGUUCACUACCCAGCAUCCGUCACUCACGUUGCUAACCAAGGCAGGCUGUUGACAACUUGGCUUGUGACCCUUUUUGGAUUCACUCGGCAAGAAAAUUGUACAUCCUGAGACAGAAGCGUGCACACACACACAAACCCACACAAAAGCAAAAUCGAUUCGAUCCAGUCAACUCAAAUCGUAACAAUCGUAUGCCACACAUGUACCUUUGCCCGGAAAGCCGUGCCUGUCGCUGUGCGAAUUGAAACAAGCAACAAGCUAUAAUCAGAAACGAGAACCAGUACACCUCCAGUGCUCAUUAGUAUCGCGUCGGUGAAUAGGUGCCUUAAGUAGUGGAUAGGUAGUUUGUUUCGUUUACCAAAGAAAAAGUGUACCCAAGAACAUCUGCAAUUAGGCCUCGGCCCAAUAGGUGCGCCCCCUACCGUCAAAUGUAUCCGUUUUGCCAGUACGAGCCGUUCUAAGUGCGAGCAAGAAACUGUACCAUUAGUGACGGGUCGACAGGAACCACCGCACCCGGUCCUACGCCUACAGCCCGGUUUUGAAUGUGUACUGCGGGCAGCUGGAUUGAUUUUGUGUUCAUUUUUAACAAAAACUGCUCGAAAAGCGGCAAACCGCGACGAACCAACAACGAUCGAGCGUAUCGUCGCACUGAUUUCGAUUCCGCGUUGUGUUCGAGCCACUGCUGAGCAAUUCACUGCAUAAAGAUGCGAUCCAGCGCUGUCGGCAUGAGCUCCGUCCUGAUCGUGGCAGUGGUCGUCGUGCUGCUGAUGCUGAACGAAACCCAUGCUACCUCCACGCCCAACAGCGAUGCCCUGAUCAGUCAGCUAACACGCUCGCGCUACUGUGGCCGCCGGCUGACCGAAACGCUAGCCUUCCUCUGCCAGGGACGGUAUCCGAUGCUGACACACUAUCGCACAGAUUAUGUACACGAUCAGGCAAACCAGCGAGUAAAGGUGGAGGUGGCCACCCUGCCCGACACACUGCCGCCCGGCUUCCCUUAUCCCGGUGCCGGCGUUCAUCGGCGCAGUCGGCGCAGUUCCGGCGGUAUCUACGAUGAGUGCUGCAAGAAGAGCUGCUCCUACGUCGAGCUGCGUGCCUACUGUGAUUGAAGCGCAAAACCCGAUUGGGAUGAGGAUGAGAUGCGGUUAGGGGGGGGGGGGGGGGAAGCAGUGAAAGCACCCAAAAGGCGGAUGUUAUGAAUCAGGCGCAGAGAGAUAGAAAGAGAGAGAUAGGGAGAAUCAAGGGAAGGAGAUAUGUAACCGGUAGACCGGUGUGUUUAGCAACUUGUUUACCAAUUGCUUGCGUAUUAUUCAAUCCAGUUUACUCUCUUCUAUAUCUUUUUUUUUGUUUAAUUUGCUAUUUUACUCGCUCCCACCCUCCCCCCCCCCCCCCUCUUUUCCCAAGAAGUCUCGUUCGGCGUGAGGCGAUGUGUAGAUCAAUUGCUAUUAUUAUUAUUAUUACAAUUUUUAUAGGAUAUUACAAUUAGCUGCAACACAUUUUGUGCGCUACAUUACGCCCCUAUACUAUUGUUUUUUUUUUUAUUUGCUUGCGUUCGUGUGUGUGUGUGUGUGUGUCGAGAAGUAACUGGAGACCGUUUGGGCAUCUCAAGCGUCUCGUGGCUCCGAGAUUUACUAUAAUUAUACCAACACUUUACAUCCAUGUACCUUUGCUUUAGUGGUUUGAGAAUGCGUUUCCUUGCUUUUUACCCAUUUUUUAUUCACUUUUCAAUAUAUACCAUCAUCAAUACGGCUUCUAUCGUUCUAUUGCAAGGAAUUAAAAGCAUUUCAAAAGCGUCUACCUUCCCUAAACACACACACACAGACAAACAAACAUAUGUAUACAGACAGAGUUACGGUAAUAUAGCGCUUCUGUGGUACGGAUGGAACGUGAGACGGAACUACGGGUGGUGGCAUCAGCGAGCGUGUCCGUGUGUCCUUUAUGUUUUUUUCUCUUUCCGUUUAGGCCGUAAUAGCUAAAGCAGAACAGUCAACAAGUAACUAGUACGAAGUGCUCACCGUGUUCCGUACCGCUACCAUUCGAUUUUUGAUAGUAUGUAUGUAUUUUUAGUACACGUUUAGUGGGGUGGCGAUGGUAAUGAUGGUGAGAUUUUACCUUCCGGUUCUUACCUUUCCCCUCGGCACACGGCACUGGGGAAGGGAAUUUAACCGUAGAUGAUAGCAAUUGAACAACACAAACAAACAGAGAAAAAGGUAGAGUGUGAAGCCAUCGGGUCUGAAGGGUUUGAACGCACUGCACCAUUUUAGGCGUGAGUGUGUGUGUAUGUAUUUACCAUUAAGAAAGGCGAGAAAUGACGGUGGUAAAGUGGCGACGUAAGUUUAGAAAAGCGAGCAAGAAAAAAAAUAUUAAGAGAAAUUAUAAAGAAUGAAAAAUACGUCGAUUGAUCUUAACAAAAAGUGCUCGAUCGCAGUCAGUAUGGUUUUCAAUAGGGAAGAGCUGCUUUACUUUAAAUCCCACUUUCAAUUGACCGAGCCGUGCUGCAGGACCUAUUAUCGUACAAUCGCCACAUUCGGCCCACCCGACCACCCCGCACCGUGUGUCCCUAUGUCCUCUGAACGAAUGUGAUCGUAUUUGCCUGUGUAGGCUCUCCUCUGUGUAUCGAUAGAGUUAGUAGCCGCGUACGAAGUAGUAGAUUUAAAGAAACUCAACUUCAGACAUCAAUGAAUGACAGUAAAAACAAAAAAAUACACAACAACAACACA